AUCCUGCUCUUCUACUUGGUCUUCUACGGCUUCCUGACUGCCCUCUUCACUCUCACCAUGUGGGUUAUGUUGCAAACCGUGGAUCCCUUCAUCCCCAAGUAUCAGGACCGUCUCUCCAUCCCAGGCAUGAUGAUCCGUCCCCAAACAGAAAGCCUGGAAAUUACUUACAACUUAAGCAAAACGGAGUCUUGGGACAGCUACGUGAAAAUGCUCAAUACCUUUCUGGAAGCCUACAAUGAUUCUCGGCAAGUGGCCAUGAACGAAUUCUGCCAGCCUGGCCGUUACAACGAACAACCGGACAACGGAGUGUUGAACUACCCCAAGAGGGCCUGCCAGUUCAACCGCACGAUGUUGAGAGACUGUUCGGGACUCAACGACUCGACUUAUGGCUACCAGGAGGGACAGCCCUGCAUCUUGGUCAAAAUGAACCGGAUCAUCAACUUCUACGCAGGGGGCAACCUGCCCAUGAACAUCUCCUGCGCGGCCAAGAAAGAGGAAGACGUGCAGAAGCUGGGAGAAUUGGCCAUGUUCCCUGCUAACGGGAACAUCGAUCUCAUGUACUUCCCGUAUUAUGGAAAGAAGGUUCACGUCAACUACACCCAGCCCGUGGUGGCCAUCAAAUUCCUCAACCUGACCUUCAACCAAGACCACAAUGUAGAGUGCAAGAUGAACGCUGUCAACAUUGCCGCCAAUGAUGAGAGAGACAAAUUCGCUGGCCGGGUGGCUUUUAAAAUCCGCGUCAACAAAGAGUGAAGCUGUCAAC